UGUCUGAACUGAUGACGAGUUGAAAAUGGCGGAUCUUUCGAAAUCCAACCCCGGCCUGAAAUAGUCACGCAGCUUUAAAGUCACUAACACAGGACUUAAACAAUCACCAAAUAUCCCGUCUGUAUAUAUUUGUUAUAUAGUGUGACUUUUAAAUAGUUAUUUUCCAUGGCAACCAAAUAUAAAGGGAACCGGGCGCGUCGAAAAUCAACAAACUCGACUCGAUCUGGAAACUGACAGACUCGGACUGCCCUGUUCGGUGUUCACAGUAUUAACUAUUGAGUGUUUUCAGUAACUCUUCAAGAUGGAUGUGGUAUCACCUGAGCUCAACAGCCUCCUCCCUGAUGAGAUUAUGGAUACUGAAGCUAUUACAGUGGAAGAGGAACUCCCUGCCGAGCAUCUUGCUCCUCCUUCCCGGCCUGAAUCGGAGCCGGCUCAGGUUCCUAUGGAAACAGAGGUUCCUGAAAUCGUCAGCCUGUGUCCGACCACGUCAGCUAUGCAGAUCACCUCGACCUCCAGCGACGCUCAGUGUAGCACCAGCUCGGGAACGCAACUCCUCCUAACUCACUCUGGCAUUGUGGCUGGCACCACCGCCCCUGCCAAAACCACCAGCCCUGCUGUGACUCAAAGCCUCUCCAAAAUCUCCAGCAUCACCGUCCCGGCCAACCACCAGGUCAUCUUUAACAAAGUGGCCACCUCACCGUCUGCCGACGGCAAGACUGCUGUGCUCAAGUCGGAGGGUCAGAAACUUUUGGUUGCGGGCCUAAGUAAAACAGGGCAGCCUAUAAUGUUGGCUCUGCCCCAUACUUGGAACAAACCUGCCACGACAGGAGCCGGAGAUGCCAAGGUCCAGCAGACUCAGAUCAAAAUGGUGACCACAGUAGGAAAGCCUGUAAUAGCCGUGAGCUCGGCCAGUCAACUGCUGGGUACAUCCGCACCACUGCAAGCCCAGCAGCUGAAGACCCUUCAGAUCACAAAGAAGCCUUCGGUGUCUACAGCUGGACCAAUGAUAACAAAGCUCAUCAUUACAAAGGCUUUGAACAAUAAAGGAAUGACCAGCCCAGGAUCAGCAACACCUAUAGUGACUGGACGAGUUGUUACCCAGAGCACCCCACUGACACCUCCACGUGCCAUUGGUGAGACCGUCAGCACUGUGUCGCAGAAUGCAUCUGGCAACAGCAAAGUGGCCAUCUCACCUCUUAAGUCUCCUAGCAAGCUGACCGUUGUUUCAGUGGCCAGUCAGUCUCCAAACUCACCCCAGAAAUCAGUGACGCUACCGCUCAAUAUGGCUCUGGGCCAGCAGAUCCUCACUGUCCAACAGUCUGCUGUCACCUCGCCAGCCAAAACAGGAACCAGCCAAUCCACUGCACAGGCUGUAAAGCCAAUGCAGGGGGUUACUGUAGCCGGCACAUCCCAGUUUAAGACCAUCAUUCCCCUCACCACACCGCCCAAUGUACAACAGAUUCAGGUUCCUGGCAGCCGCUUUCAUUAUGUGCGACUGGUAACGGCCACAACCGGCAACAGCACUUUGCAGACGGUUGCCAGCACCAACACAAACCCUUCUAUCCAAUCAGCCAAGCCUGUGAUGAUGAACGCUGCCGUACGGAUGUCCGUACCCAUCGUCCCAGCACAGACUGUUAAACAGGUAGUACCCAAGCCCUUGACGUCGUCAGCUCAGGUGGUGACCACCAGUCAGACCCCUCAGCGCCUCAUCAUGCCAGCGACACAUCUUCCUCAGAUUCAGCCCAACCUGACCAGCCUGCCCCCGGGAACUGUGCUCACCCCUGCCCACGGCUCCGGAAACAUGGGAUAUGCGGUGUUGCCGGCCCCGUACGUCACGCAGAUUCCCCAGCCUACAUUCGUCACUUUAUCCAGCAGCUCCACCUUCUCGACAAAUACACCCAUACAGACACAAGCCAGACUUUCUGUCAACGGUCUUACAACAUCAGAUGCAACAUCCAGGCCCAGAAAACCCUGUAACUGCACACGGUCACAGUGUCUGAAAUUGUAUUGUGAUUGCUUUGCCAAUGGGGAGUUCUGUAAUAACUGCAACUGUGUCAAUUGCUUCAACAACCUCGGUCACGAGAGCGAUAGACUAAAGGCAAUCAAGGCUUGUUUAGACCGAAACCCAGUGGCCUUCAAGCCCAAGAUUGGCAAAGGCAAAGAAGGCGAGUCGGACAGGAGACACAGCAAAGGCUGCAACUGCAAAAAAUCCGGAUGUCUGAAGAACUACUGCGAGUGUUACGAGGCCAAGAUUAUGUGUUCGUCCAUUUGCAAAUGCAUGGGCUGCAAGAACUUCGAGGAGAGUCCAGAGAGGAAGACGCUGAUGCACCUGGCGGACGCCGCAGAGGUGCGAGUCCAGCAGCAAACCGCGGCCAAAACCAAACUGUCCUCGCAGAUCUCAGAUCUGCUCACCAGAACAACACCAGCCAUCACCAGUGGAGGCGGAAAGUUGCCGUACACAUUCGUCACCAAGGAAGUGGCCGAGGCGACGUGUGACUGUUUGCUGGAGCAGGCCGAACAGGCGGAGCUCAACAACCAAUCUCAGGCCAUGGCCGAACGUCUUGUCCUGGAGGAGUUUGGGCGGUGCCUAAAGAGAAUCAUCAGUUUCGCAGGCAAAGCCAAGACUGACUGCACCAUUAACUGUUAGAUCCGAGCCGUGACUGAUAACCCUACCUGUUGGGUGUAAUGCAAAUGGCUUGGGCCUAGGCACUGAAUCCAAGCACCAGUAGUUUGCUUUGACUUAUGGGUCGGCAAAGGGAAUUUUCACUCGGCCCACUUAUGGAUACAAGGGGCUAUCCAAUAAAGAGCGAAAAACCAGAACUUCCCAUUGGCGCCUCUGGUUAUGUUGACUGUUGUGGACACAUGCUACUUUCAGAAGGAGGACUGCACUACCCAACUGCAGCCCCUGCGAGUGGGCUGGCGCUGUUUGCUUUCAUGGAAGGGGUUUUAUUCUAGAAUAAUCUAUACAGUUUUAAAGUAGAGUUUUUCCCACUUUUAAAAAUGCAAAAUCAUGGCAUUUGUUUGUCUUUUAAAACCGGAUCCUCGCAAACCUUGUUUUCUUGUUGAUAACCAGCUCAGAACAUCAAACAGACUUUUCUGCGCAUGUAUUUAGCUCAUCAUGACUUGUAUACAGUAAGUAGCCUAUACUGUAGCUUUAUUAUAUUUAUCUGCUUGCAGAUUUUGUUCUUGGCCUCCUACCUAAAGACAUGAUUUGUUAUAACUUGUUCUGUUUUAGUUUGCAAGUAUGCAGACGUUCACAAUUCUGGGGCAUUUUGUGUGUGGUUGUAGUCUCAUGGCAGACAGUGAAAGAAACACACGUAUGUAUAUCAGAGCAUGACAUUUCUUACAGCAUUACCGCUAUCCUGUACUCAAAAAGUGCUUGGAGCCAUUGUAUUUAAAGGAGAGAAGUUCCUUUACGAUCUUAUUGAAUUGGACGCUUUAUCAGUUAAAGCAUACAGCUAAAUAAGCUUUGUAAUAAUCAGUCUUAAGGCUUGUUGUUGGAAUAUGCUCCUUUUAACAUUUUCAUCUUUUCCAUCAUCGAUUCUUUGUCCACAGAUAAAAUAAGAGACUGUGAUUGUGGAAGUUCUCUGUGGUUGGUUGGUUUUAAGGUUAUGCUUUUUUCAAGAUCCAAACAAUGAGUUUUACAAGAACUGUCUGAGCUUAUGAAAGUAAUUAAAAAAGGUAGAAGAGAAUUUAUGUCAAAAAAGUCUUGAUACAGUGGGCGAAGACAAGAACUAAUGAAUUGCAUAUUUUAAAAUACCCUGAUGAAUAAAACAACUAUUGAUUGUGAA